AUGGAAAAUAGCAGAUAUGCCUCCUAUAGAUCCGCAGUUAAAGAUGAUGCAAGCGCCGUGUUUAGGAUUGUCCCCCUCCACGAGCCAAUCAAGAUGGAACAUGCUGUUGCUGACAUUCUCCUGGUGCCUAGUUUAACUGGGGAUGCUGUCAAUACAUGGAGCCAUGGCAAUGUCUGUUGGCCUCGAGAUCUUUUGCCGCAAGCUCUCUCGUCUCCUGUCCGUAUUUUGAGCUUCGGGUAUGAGAAUGGCAGGCAUUCCAAUGUGUAUCCAGACAUCGACGACAUCGUAUUACAUCUCAUUAGCGAGCUGGAGAGAGUGAGACCUGUGGCGGAAAAGUCGAGGCCUUUAAUCGCCGUAGCAUACUCACUUGGCGGAAUUGUCUUCAAAAAGGUUCUUAUUCUCUGCAAUAAUAAACCUUCCCUGAGGCACAUUCUUGCCGCACUCUCCGGAGUAGUUUUCCUCGCUGCACCCCAUCAGGGCAAUACUUUAGCCAAUGUUGCAAUUCGACUCAUAAAGCAACUGAGGUUGCGUUUGCCCCGGAAAUUUAUAAAUGCCUUGAAGCAAAAGUCAAUCGAGCUAGGGAAUGUUGCGAGCGACUUCCAAAAUAUCGCCAAUCAGAGAAACUUGCCAAUUUUUAGCUUCUACGAGUUGCUCGCAGUAAGAGGUCGGCUUGGUUGUUUCGAUGAUGUCGUCGUCAGUAAGGACUCAGCACUCCUUCGUAUUCCAAGUGAAGAUGCACUUGGAGUAUAUGCAAACCACCGCGAGAUCUGCAGGUACAAGGACGCAGAUAAUCCAAUUUUCUGUGAUGUCACAAGCCGCUUGCAACGGUUAGUAGAUCUAGGCCCCUUGUGCAGUAAUUCUCGCGUCUUUCUUCCCUUUGAUGUUACUCCACACUUUAUUGGCCGGCAAGAUUACCUUCAACAAAUCCACAAAACGUUUACAGGCUCAAAUGACCGUCAGAUAGUCGCCCUUUAUGGUGAUGGCGGCACCGGAAAGACUGAAAUUGCAUUAAAAUAUGCACGAGAGAGUGCGAAUCGUUAUGAUUAUAUCUUUUUUGUGGAUUCAACAAACAUCCAGUCUUUGGAGAGUGGUUUUACAAGACUUCAUAGCAAAUUGGAAUUACCUCCGAGCAACAAUUGUGCUGUAAAUGAUAUCAAGCAAUUUCUCCGCCUAGAGCGCUUUUGGCUAAUGAUACUCGAUAAUGACAAGGACUGGCUGGCACUGAACUGGUUUGGAUUUCCGGAAACUACGCACGGUCAUAUUAUCAUAACCUCUCGGCUCCGCGAGCACACCAGCGAUUCCAGAGUCGCGAAGGCUCUUUCUACAAAUGCUCUAGAGCCAGUGGAUGCUACAGAGUUUUUAUUAUCGAGAGCUGGUGUCGAUAUAAAAGAGCGGCAUAACUGGGGCCCUAAAGCAGGGGAUGUUAUCAAACAUAUAGGGUGUCAGCCACUCGCGGUUGACUCAGCAGCUGCAUAUAUGUUGUGUUACGGGGUUACUAUUGACGAGUAUCUCCAUGUCCUUAAGGGGAGGAAAGUUUCACGAAGGCUACUCUCCUAUCGGCCCAAAGCAUCUAUAUACCAGACAUCAGUUGAGACCAUUAUCCAGUCAGCGUUGGAUGAAGUCAAAAAGAGUCCGGAUGCAUUUAGACUGCUUAAUAUCCUCGUCUGGCUUGACCGAAACAAGACUACAAUCAGUUUCCUCAAACGUGCAGUCUCUCCCCAACGUCGAUGGGGCUCUAAUGGUCAAAUUGAAACCAUAGAACCGCAAAGGAGCUAUGUACCUUUGGAUCUUGUUCGUCUGAUAAACGGACCAGGUUUUUGUCUUGCCCUGAGAGAGUUACAAUCAUAUUCGUUGAUUGCUAGGAGUGGGAAGUUGGAAGAUGGAAGAAACCUAGGAAAUGAAGAUGCAAUGGUUUUGCAUCCGCUGACAUAUUUCUAUAUUCGAGAAGCUCUCCCUCCCAAUAGGAUGGUAGAGAACGCGAUAAAUGCGCUCAGCCUUGUUGCUCAUGCGUACCCUAUUGUGCAAGCUGGCUUAGAUCAAAGCCCCAAACGAACAGUCCUUGAACAGGUUUAUCAAUUCAGUCGCAACUGCGAAUACCUUGCCGAGGAAAACCUGGAUCUAACUAUGGCUAUUCAGAAAGUUGAUAGUCGAGAAGGCCAAGAGAAAACCUUUACACAGAUAACUGCUGAGAUGUUUUUGGAAGCUGCCCGUGGGUACGGUGAAGGGUCAGAUCAUUUAGAUUUCACCCUUCUUAAGUGGGCUAAGAUCCUUAUCAAAUCUUCAGAGAGAACAGGGCUCCAAGCUCGUCUGUGGAGCACAAGGCUUCCAUUGGAGUUUUAUAGUAAAGGUAAAUUCACGGAUGGAUGCGAAGCCGCUGCCACAUUUUUACAGAAUACAAGUUUUGGCCCUGGUGGUAGGAUCACGAACAAUGAUAAUGCACAGGUAGGCUUCUUGCGCCACCUGUCCGUCGAAUACUUGGCCCGUGAUAAGAGCCUCUCGGAUAAGGAGGAAUGGGAGAGACGUGUGAAAUAUAUGGAUGCCUGGAAACCAUUAGAGCCAUACAACCCUUCAGAACUUGAGCGAUACGCUCAAGGCAUGGGCAUAAGAAUGCGAGGCAAGCUUGCUAAAGACCUUGGACAGUUCAACGAAGCGUAUUUCUCCUUGAAAGUCUUUAUUGAACAGUAUGCUAAGCAUGGAAGCCGUGAAGAAGGGUGGGCCAUUGGCGACUUCGGUCAAGCCGUCCUUGAACUUGAAGCGACGAACGAAGAUUGUGACGCCCUAACUGAUUUAAGGACUAACGGAAUUAAGUGUGGCCACGACCACUCAAUCUCUGAGCCAGACGCAAAACCAUGUGAGAUCAUCUCUCAAAUAUAUUCUCAGGCCAUAGAAAACCGCAUGGUUACCAGAGAACAUUCUCACCAAAACAAUCUGGACAAUAUUGGAGACAGCGACACGAUGUUUCUGGAAAUUAAUCAUGCCGUCAGCAUCCUUCGCGAAGGUACCUUCCGUCCCGAACGAUAUGCAGAGGCAGAACAAAAACUUCUUGGCUUAAAGGACCGAUUCGAAAAUAUGCUGGCCAUGGGCGCUCUAUGGCACGAUGAUCAGACCCGCCACUUUUCGGUGCUCGCAUAUCUUGCCCAAAUUUCACAUUUACAGAUGAACUGGGAAGCGGCACAGUCCCGAUGGAUAGAAACAAUCAAUUACGGCGAAUUUACUGUGAAAGAAUGGAAGAACACCCAUUACUAUAUAGAGGUUGCCAGGUAUAGUCUUGCCAAUGCUCAACUUCAGGCCGGAGGUGAACCAGAUGUGAUCAUAACCAAGCUAGACGAAACAAUUCGUCGUGUCAAUGCCGAAAAGGUGACGUGGAAUUUAGGUCUGGGGACCUUUUGGCUAGAAUAUAUAAGGAAGUCAAUGGCUCAGAUUAUGGCCGUUGAAGAAACGGCUAGGGAAGUAUGA